AAUCCGUCAGGUCCCGCCUAUUAUCUGCUCCCCUGGACAUUUAGGCUUCUCUUGGCCCAUUUGAAGACCAGGAAGUUGAUAACUCGCGAGGCACGCUACUGAGAGACGGUGGCUCGGAUGGGACAGUCGCCAGGGAUGGCGGAACGUGAGGAUGGAGCGGGUGUCCGGACUGCUCUCUUGGACGCUGAGCAGAUUCCUGUGGCUCUCGGGCCUCUCUGAGCGGGGAGCUGCCCGGCAGCCCCGGAUCAUGGAAGAGAAAGCGCUAGAAGUAUAUGAUUUGAUUCGAACCAUCAGGGAUCCAGAGAAGCCCAAUACUUUAGAAGAACUGGAAGUGGUAACGGAAAGUUGUGUGGAGGUUCAGGAGAUUAAUGAAGACGACUAUUUGGUUAUUAUAAGGUUCACGCCAACAGUACCUCAUUGCUCUUUGGCGACUCUUAUUGGGCUGUGCUUAAGAGUAAAACUUCAGCGGUGUUUACCGUUUAAACAUAAGUUGGAAAUCUACAUUUCUGAAGGAACCCACUCAACAGAGGAAGAUAUCAACAAGCAGAUAAAUGACAAAGAGCGAGUGGCGGCUGCCAUGGAGAACCCCAACUUACGGGAAAUCGUGGAACAGUGUGUCCUGGAACCUGACUGAUAGCUGUUUUAGAGCCACUGAAAUAUAAUCGUUUGAUAUAUUUGUUUAAAGUCUUUGUAAAAUGUAAAAGAUUCAUGUUUAAUACAUAGGUGAUUUGUACCUCAGAGCAUUUUUUUAAAUGAUGAUUUCCAAGCAAGAUUUAAUUAUCAGGUAGUACUUAGUUUGUUCAAUGUCUAACAUUCUCAGGAUUUGUAACCCUUUAAUGAUCAGACAAAAAUAUUUUCUAGUUAUUGUGUGUAAGAUGAGUUGCUAUUUUUCUGAUGCCCAUUCUGAUGCUUUUCAUGUCAAAAUAUUUACUGUGCCCAAGUGUAUUCAUUUUAAACCAUUACUCUGUAAAAUAAAUAAAACAG